GUCGGCUAGAAAAAAAGAUGAAUUGAUGGCUCCAAUUGAUGCAUCUAAUCAACACAAAUUAUAAAUAAAAAAAGACAUUUCAAAACCAAUGAAUGAAUCAAUCCUCAUAUAAUUUGGUGGAAAAUAAGGUCCCGAGAUUAGAACGUCUCCCUUCACCGGAGACUCCACUGCCACUAGCAGGGGAGUCUGAAGCCUUCAUGGUCAACACUCUGGCUUUAUUAUACCAGUCGCCACCGCAUCCAUCUCCGGCGGCGGGCGAGACUUUCCCCCACCCCUUACAACCGGCACCCGAUUUGGUCCUACAACGAUUAUGAUCCAUUGACACCCAUAAUUCCUCUGUUCCUCCUCCAGAUAAUGGUGGCCAUUCUCUUCUCCCGCCUUCUCAACUUGGCUCUCAAACCUUUCAACCAGCCUCCCAUCGUUGCAGAAAUCAUUACGUACUCUGCGGCUCUCCCAACCCUGCUAACACGCAGCUGCCCUCGUCCGAGGCCUAACCUCCCGCCGAGCUGCCGGAAACGACGGGAAAAACGACGUCCAAGCCCUAACCUCUCACGCAGCUGCACGUUGGAAAAAACUUAUGCGUUUCCUCACCGCAUUUGCUCCGGUGAAAAACUUUUGGGAAGUCUUGGGGGCUUGUUUUCCAAAACUUGGAAACCUAAGAAGAAUUGCCCAAUAACCGGCCCUAUUAUCACAUGAGGUGGAAAAGGCAAAGCAAGAUGAUGCACUAUCUGAUCUAAAUAAUCUCUUGGGGGAGCUCAAGGAAAUGGCCAUUGACAUGGGAUCUGAAAUUGAAAGGUAUGAUCAAGUUUGAAUUCCCUUCAAAACAAUCAUUUCAAUUGCUUACUUUUUUUUGUCUUUACCCUUCUCGAGUUUCAAACAUAGUUGAUUAGCUAUAGUCCUUUUCUCUACCAAGUGAGAUCUCACACUCACCUUUUCCCCUUGUAUCGAGCCCGCCCUUAUGUGUGCUCAACUUAACAUGAGAAAUGUUCAUUUACAAUGCUUGCAAGGGGAAUAAAGCCUUGGACCAUCUUCAAGAUGAUGUUGAUGAGCUGAACUACAGAGUAAAGGGUGCCAAUCUACAUAGCCACCGUUUGCUUGGGAAGUAGAGUGAUAUUGACAUUUAGUGUAUGAUGUUCCCGUUCCUAUCCUGAAUUAUAAUGUAAUGCAUGUGAUCCUCAAAUGACAUUAGUUUUACUCCAUUAAACAAUUCAAACUUAACUCUAUGCAGGAGCAGGUGAAAUUUCUUGUCUAAAAAUAAUCUAAAAGCCAAGUAUAAGACAUGUAUAUAUUCAAAAGAAAGUGUAAAACACAGUAGACUGAAUUCGAUCACUUCAAAUUUAGAAAUAAUACAAUAUUUCCGUUUUCAUAUUAUUACAAAUAUAUUAAGAUAUUUGAUAGACACGAGCAGCUGCCAACUCAUUAUUUUGACAGAGUAUACACAAGAAGAAAUAGGAAGUUGGGUAGUUAAUAGUCUGUUAAGUCAGUUCUAUUAUCCCUGCGUGGAUAAAUGACUAUAAAUAGAAGGAGUUAGCUAUUUUUAGACAGGCUGUUAGAAUUGUUGACUGAUUUGUUGGAGACUGGGCAUCUCGAACUGUCCCCCCCCUUUUGCUUGUAUUCCACUCUUGUUCAUUUCAUAUCAUCAAUAAACCCUAAUUCUCUCAAUUCUUGUUACUUGUGGAUAGAAAUUACUACAAUCAUUGUUCUGAAAUUAUCCAGUGUCUUAUCAUUGGUAUCAGAGCAUCGAUUCUGGUGAUCUGUUUUGUCGCUGAAAGUACCGGAAAUUUUUUCCAUUCGGUGAAUGGUUCGUACAAGGGCAAAGAUGGAGCAACGAAUGGAAACCUUGGAGAUCGGUAAACUAGCAACGGAUGAGGCGCUGAUAAGAAUGGAAGACAGAUUGGAGAAUCUGAUGGUAGCGAUGAAUAGACAGUUCGAAACGAUGAAUGAAAGGAUGACGGACAUGCAGAACCAGAAUCGCGAUGGAAGGAGAUCGCGAUCACCACAUCGUCAUCGAUCGAGAACAUCGAAUAGUCCGAACACUUCCAGAGGUAAUUCUACUCAUUCGCAUACUAAUAAUCACAGAAGGAGAGAGGAAAACCCUAGAUUUCCUAUACAGCCUGGUAGAAAGAUUGAUUUACCCCUGUUUAAUGGAGUCGGUGCUUACAAUUGGGUUAUACGGAUGGAGAGGUAUUUCCGAUUGAAUAAUAUUGACGAGGAAGAAAUGGUCGAAGCAUCUAUGGUAGCUAUGGAAGAUAAAGCGUUGAAUUGGUUUCAUGUAUGGGAAAGUCAGACUGAAGUAACUGAUUGGGAGACUCUGAAGAAAUCUGUCAUACGUAGGUUUCAACCGGAGUUAAUUCAGAACCCUUAUGAUCCUAUGCUAAGUCUGAAACAAAUAGGAUCUGUACAAGAAUAUAGAGAAGAAUUCGAAAUGGUGAUUUCACAUCAGAAAAACAUGGAUAGAGAAUUGUUGAGAGGCAUUUUCAUAAAAGGUCUGAAGAAAGAAAUCAAGGCAGAAUUGAAACUAUAUGUUUCAAAAUCUUUAUCAGAAAUUAUGGAAAAGGCUACACUGAUAGAA